GGCCUCAUAUCUUAUUAUUUUCAACUAUCUUCUUCCCCAAAGGCAUCUCUCCUUCUAAGAUUCCGAUCUGUUUAGCUUCUUCUUCUCCGACUCUCGUAAUGUCGUGAUAUGUUCAAUAAGCUUUCUUCAAUGGCGUAUGGUUCUUUCGGCGUCUCAUCAAAAGCUCUAGUCUAUUGCCGUCCCUGCUAUGGCUCCAUUAGAGAUCUCCCUUUCUCCCUCCGAACGUCAACAGUUUCGUCUCCCGCUCUUUUCCGCUUUGAAACUCUAUGAUUCAGUUCCAUCUUCUAUAUUUCCUUCUUCACCUUCGUAACUAACAACGACCCGAAAAUGGGUAUUGUUCAGAUUGGUCAUUGCGGCUGUGUUGGAGCUAUCGCAGCACCUAGAAAUGUUGUGAAACCUCGCAAGGAAGAAAGUCGUGAUUUUAGUGGAGCACGGGGAAGUAAUAAGGAUAAAUCGAUGCCAUGGAAGAAGUUAGAUGCUAAUGAAUUUGGUAUUCAGAGGUCAAUGAUACCAGAUUCUACACGGAUGGUUCUCAAUAAACUCAAGAAAAAAGGAUUUCAAGUUUACCUAGUUGGAGGUUGUGUUCGGGAUCUUAUUCUAGAUAGAAUCCCCAAGGAUUUUGAUGUUAUCACUACUGCUGAACUCAAGGAGGUACGGAAAGUAUUUCCCGGCUGUCAAAUUGUUGGAAGACGAUUUCCAAUAUGUCAUGUUUAUGUUGAUGAUAUUAUCAUAGAGGUGUCAAGUUUUAGUACUUCAGCAAGGACUGGUAAAGCGCCCAAUAAAAGCUUUAGACGGCCUGCGGGAUGCGAUGAGCGGGAUUAUAUUCGUUGGAAGAAUUGCUUACAGCGUGAUUUUACAGUCAACGGGUUGAUGUUUGAUCCAUCGGAGAAUGUAGUGUAUGACUAUAUAGGAGGAGUUGAAGAUUUAAGGAAUUCUAAAGUUAGAACAGUAUCCGCAGCGAAUCUUUCAUUUGUCGAGGAUACAGCUCGCAUUUUACGUGCAAUUAGGAUUGCAGCAAGGUUAGGAUUCAGCUUGACUAAAGACGUUGCUAUUUCUGUGAAGGAGCUUUCUUCUUCAUUACUGAGACUUGACCCUUCAAGGAUUCGGAUGGAAAUCAAUUAUAUGCUGGCAUAUGGGUCCGCAGAAGCUUCUUUACGGUUAUUAUGGAGAUUUGGCCUCAUGGAAAUUCUUCUACCUAUCCAGGCAUCUUAUCUUGUUUCCCAAGGGUUCCGGAGGCGUGAUGGAAGGUCCAACAUGCUUCUGUCGCUAUUUCGCAACCUUGACCGACUUGUAGCACCUGAUCGACCAUGCAGCGAGUUCCUCUGGAUUGGGAUCUUAGCAUUCCACAAAGCAUUAGUCGAUCAGCCUCGGGAUCCCACGGUAGUAGCUUCCUUCUGCCUUGCCAUCUACAGUGAAGUAUCUUUAUCAGAAGCCAUCGCAAUUGCAAGGAGCAACUCAAAACAACACAACUCACACUUCCAAGAAUUGUCCAGUCCUGAAAAGGACACUGCUGACUCAGAGAGCAAAAUAUCGCAGCAGGUCAUAAAAUUAGCAGAGUCUAUAAGAUCAGCUGCGCGGAAAUUGAAUAACCGAGACUACAUAGCUAACGCAAUGAGCAAAUACCCGCAAGCACCGGGCUCUGAUAUGGUAUUCUUGUCAAGACUUAUGUUGGAGAGAGUAGAGAAAAUGUUUGGAAAUGUGAGAAGAAAAGGAAACCAAGAGAGAGAUGAUGUCCCAAGUUUAGAGCGUAGGAUAAACUACAAGUCUCUUGCCCUUGGAGACUUUCAUGAGACACGUCGUGUUUUUGCUAGGAUUGUCUUUGAUACCAUUUACCCUCUGGCCUAAAAGCCCACCAAUUUUUUUUUCUUUCCAAAUUCGUCUAAUUGACUAUAAAUGAAUUGAUCUAUGUCCUAUCUUACUUCCCAUGUGGAACAUUCCUUACACACAGGAAAAAAAUUGUAGCUAACAAGCAAGUUACUGGGCCCAAACUGAUUGCAGAAGAACAAAGCUUUAACAAGAAAUUGUUCACUUAACAA